AUGACGGAUGAAAAAUUGGAAACGACAGAAGUAGUCGGAUCCGAACCGACGAACGGGUUUCGAGUGCCAGUCAAGAGGAUACUAAGCGAAAAAGAUAUGGAUCUUUUCAAGAAUAGUAUUACUAAAACUGAGCUCCUAGGAUUUGUCAAAGAUUUGAACCAUGCUGUCACCGGUAUUACAAAUGAUGCUGAAAUCAGUGGAGUUGCACCGGAAAGAGCUGUGAGCCGGAUUGUUGAGAUAUUGGAAAAAGUGACUGAAUUAAUCGAUGCCCACCCAGCAGCCGACCAAACCUCUCGUUUUGGCAAGCCUGAAUUUAGAGAUCUUUAUGAUGAUAUUCAGCGACACUCAUCUCAAUGGAUAAAAGAAAUUGUGGAAACUGAUGAAAAAUACUGUGAUGGUAAAGAUGGAAAUGAUUCCUUGGUCCAAGAGCUGGCCACAUACUUUAAUGAAUCUUGGGGUAAUAGGCAGCGUAUUGAUUAUGGUAGCGGCCAUGAGCUCAACUUUUUAUGCUUUCUAUAUUGCUUGAAGUCAUUGCAAUUAAUUGUUGAAAGUGAAUACACUGCUGUAGUGGUGAAGAUUUUUGUGCUAUAUUUACGAAUAAUGAGACGUAUCCAAAAUACCUACUGGCUAGAGCCAGCUGGCUCACACGGAGUUUGGGGUCUUGAUGAUUACCAUUUCUUACCAUUCUUAUUUGGUUCAAGUCAGCUCUCUACUCACAAGCACUUACGACCAAUGAGUAUUCAUGAUCCUGAUAUUAUUGAAAUGUAUCAUAAAAAGUACAUGUACCUAGGGUGCAUCAAAUUCAUCAAUGACGUCAAAACUGCUUCCUUAAGAUGGCAUUCUCCCCUCAUUGACGACAUUUCGGGUGUUAAAAAGUGGUCUAAAGUGAAUGAGGGCAUGUUAAAGAUGUAUAAUGCUGAAGUGCUUGGAAAGUUACCAAUUAUGCAGCACUUUAUGUUUGGCAGUCUGCUUCCUGCUCCAGCUGGCGUAUCCCCUGAGAGUGAGCACAGUGCGAGUGAGGAUGACCAUGGUCAUGUUCACAUUCCUAACACUUGGGCUGACUGUUGCGGUAUCAAAGUUCCUAGCGCCAUUGCUGCCAGUGAAAUGGAUAUAUCUGGUGGUCUUCGUAGGGCUAUUCCAUUUGACUAG